AUGGUAGCCAGACAGGGGUUUUCCCCUGCGCAGCUGACAUAUUGGUCCAAUAACGUCCAGGGACUCAAUACGCCAGAAGAGUGCUCACACUUGCACCGACGGCUGUGGACAGCGAAAGCGUCCGUGGCGUUCCUGCAGGAGACGCACCUCAGAAGCGGGGAUGCACCCAAACUGGAAAAUCAACGCUUUCCGUUAGGAUUCUACGCAAACCAUACUGACGCCAAGAAAGCUGGGGUGGCGAUCCUUUUCGCCCACACGACACCAUUCCAAUGCACGAAAACCCUAGCAGACCCCAACGGACGAUAUCUCUUCCUUAAGGGGACAAUCUCAGACCGCGUAUACACCUUCGCGUGCUUGUAUGGCCCAAACAAAAAACACACCUUCUUCAGCCGGACUCUGGCCAAGCUUGAGAGGUUCAGGGAGGGCCUGCUGGUGGCGGCCGGAGACCUAAAAAUACCCAUGGAACCCCACAUAGAUACCUCCAGGGGCCAGAGCACAAUCCCCACACACUGUCUACGUGCAACGAUCCUUACACAAAUCGGGGCUCGUGGACUGCUGGAGGGCAUACCGCCCAGACGCUCGAGACUAUACCUACUACUCAGCGGUCCACGCACACUACAGUCGUAUAGAUUACAUAUUCAUGGCCCAGGAAUAUCUAAACCUACUGCUUAA